AAAUAUUGGAUUGACAAAGCGGUGUUUAGAUCAGCUGGACUCCAGCCAGGUGCAAUGUAAGGCAAUUAUUCUCCCGAAAGCCCUAAUUGUUUCAUCUUACCAACACUUGUUUUCAUCAGGGAGCUCAUAACAAGGUGCAAAGGUGCAGGAGUGGCGUACAGACAAUCAGCGGGCCAGGCGACCAUUGUAGGCAUCGGGAGCGGGGAGGUGUCAGACAGAGAGCGUGUUUACCUACGGCUGUUUGGGUUGAAAGCGCGGCGGUUUCGUUAGCAAGGAUUGAACAAAUAACUUAUACACAAGAGCCAACGGACAGCGAUUGUCUCUGAUAUAAUUAAACCAUCGACCGAACUUGGAAACCUGGGAUCCGGUUACGCGAUGGCGAAAGAUCUGCCGACAAAAACAGUAACAGUGUCCAUCUUAUCUGAUCACCAUGCGGGGCCACUCAGACUGUUUGCAGUGCAGUGAAAGGUACCACGUGUCAGGUCUGUCUGGAUGCCUGUGAGUCCUGGGAACGUGAAGCCUGCAGUGGUGUGUGACACAAGUUGUGAGACGGUGUGAACCCUGACGGGUCUGGUGAGAGGUCGUCACACUAGCGCUGUGGGACUCCCUUCCCGACUGGAAUCGCACGGAAUACCCCCAACAUGGCGCACAGUCUGCUACAGGGAAAGCGGUUCUACUGCCGAGAAUGGGCCUUCAACAAGCUCCUGCAUUCGCUGGAGAACAGGCAGGCUGCCAAAACGUGCGGGGCGCUGGUUAUGGGAGGGCCCGGGAGCGGCAAGACCGCUCUGAGCACCGAGCUCGUCUGGCCGACCAACAAGGACGGGAAACAGCGCAUUCUACACAGAAGACUCUUGGCUUAUCAUUUCUGCCAGGCCCACGAUGUUCGCACACUCUCUGUGGCAGAAUUCGUGCUCAGACUCGUAGAACAGUUGUCAAAAUCACUCGAGAUCGAGGAGUACGCGGAAAAGGUGAAAGACCCCGCGAUCCAAGCAGUCCUCCAGCCGGCGCAAGUCGAGCUCAGCCCCGACGAGGCCUUCAAGCGGGGCGUGCUCCUACCCCUCCUCGGGAUCAACCCACCCACGCACAACUGUUUCAUUCUUGUGGACUCAGUGGAUGAAUCUUAUCUUCUUGAAACCGACGAUAAGACCGAGGGGAGCAAGACAAUCGCGGAACUGUUGGCCCGUCAUCACGAACUCUUUCCCCCGUGGUGUCUCCUGGUUUGUUCGUCACGAAAGCAGAGCAAAUCCGUCAACCGGCUGUUCACUGGCUUCAGAAAGGUCAGCUUGGACGACUUGAGAAAAUCUCACGCUGUACGCGAUGUGCAACAGUACAUCCUUGCCAGGCUGGACAAUGAAGAGGCACUCCGUGUGCACCUCAAUAGAGACACAGCAGAAAUGCUCAACCAACUGCACAUCAAGAGCAACGGAUGUUUCUUGUACCUGGAAAAGGUGCUGGAUGGAGUUGCUGAGAACUUCAUCAUGUUGAGAGAAAUCAAGGACAUUCCUGGGACCCUCAAUGGAUUGUACCUCUGGCUCUGUCAGCGUUUGUUUGUCAAAAGGCAGUUUGUGAAAAUCCAGCCAAUCUUGAAUGUGAUGCUGGCUGCAAGAAAACCACUGACAGAAAUGGAACUGUUUGACUGUGCCUGGACACGUAACACGGCCCUGACCCUGGAGGAAUUCCAGCGAAGGAUGGACCUCAUGUCACGCAUCCUCCUCACGGGCAGAGGUAACACCUGCAUUCUGUUUCAUCAUAGUUUUGCAGAGUGGUUGCUCGACGUGAAACACUGUACCCAGAAGUAUUUGUGCAAUGCGGCAGAGGGGCAUGGCAUGCUGGCAAUGAAGUACACACUGUUUGCACGUAGCCUUGCUCCAGUAGAGGUGCAAGAGUUCGCCGCUCACCUGGUCAAGAGCAAUCUUGUCCCUCCACUUGAAAGUUACCACCUUGCUCUAUGGUUGAUCUGGAGUGGUGCCCCAGUCAAGGAUAGCUUGCAGGAUGGUUGCCCGCUGAACAAACGCGUGACGAAUCUCCUCCUCACAAGCGGUGCAUGUGCAGAUGGCUCGCCUCAGCAUGGCAAGUGCAGAACACUGAGCAAUAGGUCCAGAGAGGAAGAGGAUUCAGUACGGGAGAUGCUGGAAAAUGGUGCUACGAUAAACCAAGUGGAUGCGAACGGCCGUACGUUGCUGUGUAAUGCUGCUUACCACGGUAACUUGCAGAUCUGUGAGAUGUUGAUCGCACGUGGUGCCGAUCUUGAAGUGGAGGACAAGAGUGGACAGACUGCCUUGAACUUGGGUGCUCGACAAGGGCAUGAGCAGAUUGUGAGAACAUUGCUGAGGCAUGGUGCUAACCCUAACCACAUGGACCACGAUGGGUGGACGCCCCUGAGGUCGGCUUCUUGGGGAGGGCAGGGUGGAGUUGUGUCUGCCCUACUCCAAGCAGGGGCAUCUGUGGACUUUGCAGACACCGAUCGAAGAACAGCGCUACGAGCUGCAUCAUGGGGCGGUCAUGAAGAAGUGGUGUCCAAACUCCUUGAGCAUGGGGCCGACGUGAACAAGGCCGACAACGAGGGACGCACAGCGCUCAUCGCUGCCGCGUACAUGGGCCACAAAGAAAUCGUGGAACAUCUGCUGAACCACGGCGCAGAGAUCGACCAUGAGGACUCGGACAGGCGGACUGCCCUGUCGGUAGCCGCGCUGUGUGUGCCUGCCAGCCAAGGCCAUGCCGAUGUGGUGGAACUCCUGAUUGACCGCGGUGCUAAUGUCAAUCAUGAGGACAAGGAAGGCAUGACUCCACUGUUGGUUGCAGCGUACGAAAACCACACAGACGUAAUUGAACUCCUCCUAGAGAAUGACGCUGAUGUCGACCACUCAGACAACAAUGGUAGAACACCCCUCCUGGCAGCCGCGUCCAUGGGGCACGCACAAGUUGUACACCAGCUUCUCUUCUGGGGUGCAGCCGUGGAUUCCAUCGACACUGAAGGCAGGACUGUGCUCUCCAUUGCCUCUGCUCAAGGUAGUGUUGAGGUCGUGCAUCUGUUGCUCCAGCGCGGGCUGGAUGAGAUGCAUCGUGACAACGCCGGGUGGACUCCCCUUCACAUGGCUGCCUUCGAGGGGCACAGGGAGGUGUGUGAACUGUUGACAGAGCAGGGUGCACGCACAAGUGAGGCCGACAAUGAUGGCCGGCAGGCACUGAUCCUGGCAGCACAGGAAGGCCACAUAGACUGCAUCAAGCUUCUGUUGGACUAUGGAGCUGACAUUGAUCACAUGGCUCACGACGGCAGGAAUGCACUGCGAGUGGCCGCCAUCGAAGGCCACAAGGACAUCAUUCAAAUGCUGAUCGAAGGAGGGUCAGAGGUGAACCUCGCUGACGGAGAGGGACGUACGACGCUGUACAUCCUAGCGCUGGAGAACAAGCUGGAGAUGGCAGAGCUCCUGCUCAAGCACAACGCCUACGUGGACUCGACAGACUUGGAGGGAAGGUCUCCGCUGCACGUGGCGUCGUGGCAGGGGCACACAGACAUGGUCCAACUGCUCCUGGACAGCGCUGCCAAGGUCAACGGCAUGGACAACGAGAGAAGAACGGCUCUACAGUCGGCAGCCUGGCAAGGUCAUGCGAAAGUGGUGAAGGCUCUGCUUGAGAGAGGUGCUGAUGUGGAUCACACAUGCAACCAGGGUGCAACUGCCCUGUGUAUCGCUGCUCAGGAAGGGCACAUCGAGGUGGUGAAAGCCCUGCUGCAGUAUGGUGCGAAUCCUCACCAUGCAGACCAGUGCGGGCGCACGCCCAUGCGGGUAGCCAUCAAGGGAGGUCACCACAACAUCAAAAAGCUACUGGAGUCUGUCGGGGCGCCCUCGACAAACGGUUACAAGGACACGGGCACUAGGCGAAGCACGUCAUCAUGUGCUACAUCCACAAGCUCUGGAAGUGGAACAAGAAACGUGAGCGGAGUAGCUACAAACGGUGCCGUAGCAUCAUCAAGUUCACCUUCUGAGUCACCAGACUCCACAAUCGACCGUUGCAAGUCAUCAUCUAUAUCCAAUCAGUCCUCCAAAAGUUCCUCGAACUUGACUUCGUCCACAGUCAGCACAAUUCCGAUAUCAGAAAGUCAACAAGGGCUGACCUUCACCCAGGAGAUUCAGAGCACAAUGAGCAGAAGUCGACGUGAGAAACCAGAGAGGCCAACGCACCUGCCAGUCAAGUCAAAAUAUGGUAAUUCCCUGCAAAAGGACAAACACAUCAAGGACACCAUAGUGGAGAUUCCCCUGACAAGCUUUGACAGCCACUUGAACAACAACAAUUCAAACAGUCCAAAGCAAACCAAGAAGCUCCCCCGGAAUAAAUCACAGCCAGUGAUCAACACAAGCCCAAAGCGCCCAGACCUGACUCGGCAAACAUCAUGUCCUUCUCCACUGAAAAACUUUGUGAACGGCAAAGGCAACUCAUCGCCAGCGGAGAAUAAGGUCAAACGGAAUGGAAUCGUUACGAAUCCCAACUGCAGUCCGUAUCGCAAGUCGCCCGUACCACUGACGGAUACGUAUGUUUCCCAACGGAGAAUGUCGGACCUUGAAUUCAAACAGGCGGUGAAGAUCAGCUUCGAGGGGCCCACCACAAGGAAUGGCUUCAAGAAGGAGACCCCACUAUGACUGGAUCAGAGGCAGUCUUCCUCCCAACCUGGAAAGACUUCCUGCAGUUGAAAACGUGUUUGGACUGAAACAAUCAUCCUCCAAGAAUGGACUACCAACAGGACUAGGUCGUGGACUUGUUCUCUGGAUAUUUUUAUUUUUUGCUCUGUGAGCAAUGAGUGGACUAUAGUUCCCUGUUCUUCCCCGUGUGAUAAUAUUGGACUAGAUGGCAGACAUAGAGCCAGGCCAGUGGGUAGUCUAUCUCAGAGGAGGUAUGUUAUUUCCAUGUUUAUGUGUACAUGUCAGAAUGUAGAAGCCUCUAUCCUAUGGGACAAGAACUCUGUAGAGUGGAGGGAGCUUGUGCUUUGACCUCUUGACACGCUAGCAUACUUUAGCUGCCUUAGGACAGCAGCAAUGGAGUAAAUAUAUAUAUACAUAUAUAAAGAUAAACCUAUAUAUAUAUAUAGCAAAGCUAUGUAGAAGAACUGUUUGCAGAUCUCAGUGUGGUGUGGAAAUACUCAGAUUCUUUUUUGUUCCAAUUCCAAGUGGAUGCUGUAAAUGGUGCGUGGCAUUCAGGUGCUGUUUAACAGAGGCAUACAUAGCAAUUAGGGUAAUGAUCUGCAUUGCAAACCAAGGCAGAAGGUCGCAGUACUUGCCAUAUAAACAUUCCAAUUGGUUUUUCUGUUGACAGGACCAACUUUGUUGUGCAAGUACAUUUUACCUCCACAAACCACAUUCGCAGGUGCUAUUACUAGUAAUACCACAUUGUGUUGUAUUUAAAGUACAAAAGAAAACUAUGCUUUUCCAAAGCUUGCAGUCUAAGAAAUGUAAACAAAUAAUCGUCAGUUAACAGUAAUAUAUUUAUGCAGAAUGAGAGGUUCGUGUUCUCUGUGAUAAGACGGAUGUGCUAACAUUAUCAAAAAAUACCUACAGCAUUAGGUUUGAUCCUUGCAAAGACAUCACAAGUCAGAACCACAUGUAAGCCUCAUCUGGCUGGAUGUCUUCCAAAGUUUUCUUUGGGAGGGGUGUAAUUGUGGCAGGGAGGAUGCCAAAAAGCGGAAAUGAUUUUACAAGAACAUGCCCGAACAUGGCAUGCGGGUUGGGUUAUCUGAGAAUGGGACCGGGAUUCGUUCGGGAUGGUUGCAUACUCUGCCCAUCCUUCCUUGGUAACCGGAUUCCGAUCUGAAAUUCGAGAAUGACAGUAGUUCAGAGAUGAACAUACAAAUGUACCAAAUCCUUCCCCAUUAAUUACUUGACAAAAUGUAUCACUACUUUUGUACCUCUGAAAACUAGAAAAUAGUGUUAACUGUUAUUGUGAUGACAAAUCUUACAAAAGUUUAACUUAAACAAAAUUCAAUUCAUAUUAACAACGAGUUAUAUUUAAUCACCUGUAGCAAGGCAUAAAAGCAGCUUCUGAUAUGCUGGUCCCUUCCUACGACACCUGCUUUCAGUUAUAACAGCUUGUAAAACAUCCACUUUAGUGUCCUGGAAUUCCUCUUCUGACCUCCACCACACAAAUUCCAGUUGAACGUUGUCAGGCAAGGCCAGUAUCUUGCAAUCGCCUUUUUAAAAUGUUUGGAUACUUGCAAACUUUUGUGGUAAGGCAAGAACAACAUAACAAUAUGCGAACUGUUGUACCAGGACUAUAGACAGUAACAGUAGGUUAUCAUACACAUGAUAUCAUACAUGAUGUAAUCUUAACAUUAUGUCAUACAUAUAACAAGUGUCAAACAAAAAGUUGCCAACAUGAUAGCAUUUAGGUUCAACCAUAGAAUCUGCACUGAUAACUAGUAAAAAUAUUUAAAUUCAUCAAGUGUGCUUAGAGAAUGGACAUGUACACUGUACUAAAUAAGGGCAGCAUUCAGUUGCCUGCACUAAUUAUUCAAGAGAAGAGCACAUUCCGUUUGUUUUCAGUUUUGAUACCUUUUGUUGCAGUUUCACAAAGGUGUAUUGUGAGGUAUUUAGAGGUAUAACCCACCACAGUGGAGAAUCUAAUAAUGUGUGUAGAAAUGUGUUGACUGCUUUUUGAAGAGAUUGUUAUGAAAAAGAAGUCUGAAUUUGGUUCUGCGCAAGAGAGAAAUGACUGUUCAAAUUGUACAUAUAAAUAUAUGAUCUUAUUGUUAAUAUUCUGGUUGGAUAAUUUUCAGGUUGCUGUAUACAAUACUUAUUGCUAUGUAAUAAAUCACAGGCAAUGUAAA